CGAGUAUAUGAGGUUAUCUACACAGUUGUGAACAUGAAGGGUUUCAGACAGAGAGUGGUGAGUUGUCCGCCGGAUGUGCUUCUCACCACACGACCAUUUCCGCCCACCCCCUUCCCCACCAUGCAAGAGCACGAGCAGUUGUCGCGGGCAAAGGAUGCCAACAAGUCUUCGAAGAAGAAGGAUUCCAAUUCCUCUCAGAACCAAGCGUCCCCCGGGGCGCAGCAAACACAGCAGUCGGCAUCCCCGAACCAAGGCACCCCGACGUCUUCCACAACUUCCUUGAACGAUGCUCGAGGCAAUGCCCCCGACAAUGGUUCGCCAGCUGGCACCCCUUCCGGGGGCGCACCCCACCCCGGCACCCCCGUCCAGCAUUAUAUACCCCAAGGAGCAGGCCAGCCCGCGAAUAAUGGCCCGGCCACGCCGACACGACAGGGCCAGUCAGUGGCCCCCAGUGUGAUCAUCAGUCCCAGUGCUCCUCAUGCCCCUCCUCCUGGCGCCGCCGAGACCAUGCCGGGGGACCUAGCGCCUCCGCGGAAAUCUCACGUUUUUGAUCGUCUCCAGACCACCCCGAAGGACAUAUCGGAAGGAAUCCGGACCCCUAAACGCCAGCACUCGUCGCGAUUCGAUAUCUCCGACCAGCGCCAGAGAGAGUUAGAGAAGCUGCCUGGUUUCCACGAAGUUCCUCCUAACCGACGCCAAGAUCUGUUCAUGCAGAAGAUUGACCAAUGCAAUAUCAUCUUUGACUUCAAUGACCCGUCGGCAGAUAUGAAGUCCAAAGAGAUCAAGAGGCUGGCACUCCACGAGCUUCUAGAUUAUGUCGCGAACAACCGGUCGGUUAUUACGGAGCCCAUGUACCCCCGCGUGGUCGAAAUGUUCGCCAAGAACCUGUUUCGACCCAUCCCUCCACCCAUGACGCCGCAGGGUGAAGCGUUCGACCCAGAGGAGGACGAGCCCGUGUUAGAAGUCGCCUGGCCUCAUAUCCAGGUCGUUUAUGAAUUCUUCCUGAGAUUCAUCGAGAGCCAGGACUUCAACACGAACAUCGCCAAGGCAUACAUUGACCAUGGAUUUGUGCUUCAGUUGUUGGAUCUCUUCGAUUCGGAAGACCCACGUGAGCGGGACUUUCUCAAGACAACUUUGCAUCGAAUCUACGGCAAAUUCUUGAAUCUGCGCUCAUAUAUUCGACGAUCUAUCAACAACGUUUUCUUCCAGUUCAUGUAUGAAACUGAACGACACAAUGGAAUCGCAGAACUGUUGGAGAUUCUGGGGUCCAUCAUCAAUGGAUUCGCUCUGCCGCUUAAGGAAGAGCAUAAACUCUUCCUGACCCGAGUUUUGCUUCCCAUGCACAAGGUGAAAAGCCUGAGCAUGUAUCACCCGCAGCUGGCCUAUUGUAUUGUCCAAUUCCUGGAGAAGGACUCAACAUUGACCGAAGAUGUUGUUCUUGGCUUGCUGCGCUUCUGGCCCAAGACAAACAGCACCAAGGAGGUCAUGUAUUUGAACGAGGUGGAGGACAUCUUCGAAGUUAUGGACCCGGCCGAGUUUGCCAAGGUCCAGGAGCCUCUCUUCCACCAGCUGGCCAAGUCUGUCGCCAGCCCGCAUUUCCAGGUAGCAGAACGGGCCCUUUACUUCUGGAACAACGAGUACUUUUGCAAUCUCGUCAGUGACAAUGUGGAAACAAUUCUCCCCAUUAUGUUCGCUCCUCUCUACGAGAAUUCCAAGGGUCACUGGAACCGAACGAUCCACAGCAUGGUGUAUAAUGCUAUGAAAAUGUUCAUGGAGAUAAAUCCACAGCUCUUUGACGAGUGCUCUCAUGAGUACACGGAGCACCAAAACAGCGCAGAUCAACGCGAGAGGACUCGCUUGAGCCGAUGGGACUCGAUUGAACAACAAGCCAAGGACCGGAGGAAUGGCAUUCCACCCCCACCGGCGCCGGCUCUCGACGUGCCGGAUCCAAUCGACGAGGUUGAGGCCAUGACCCAUGAAAGCCAGAAGCGGUUGAACACCUUGAAGCUGCAGGAGGAGCCUGAUACGCCCAAGGAGCGACCUUCUCGGGAGGGCACCCCCAAUUCGGUAAGUUUCAUGCAUUUCUGGCUCUUGCUCCUCAGAUACGUGCAUCCCCAUGCGGUUCUAUUUUUGUUCAGGCUGCAUUGCCCUCGUAUCUGUCUUUUGCUAAGAGACCACGUCCGCCCGUAUACAGUCAGAAUGAUUCUAACGUGGAAACGUCCGUUUUGCUCCAGACACGACGCCGUGGCUCCAUUCGCGGUACCCGGAGACGACGCAGCGGUAGCGGCAGCGAGAUCCGCCCGCGACGACGUUCGGUCGGUAGUGGUACCAGUGCGACCAAUGUACAAAUCUUGCAUCGCAGCAACUCUACCAAAUAAUGCCUCGCGAGGGGACGGAGCUGCUGAUGGACAUGUGACUUUCGUUGAUUUUCUCCUGCAGCGAUGGCAUAGCGAUUACGGGCUCUGA